GCUUUGUAGUUGGUUUCCAAUUGCCGAAUCUGAAUAAAAAAAAAUAUGUCAGGGAAAGAGAUGAACCAUGCAAUACGACAAAAAGAAGGUAUCCGUUAAGCGCCUAAACCAAUUCAAAUUCAAAUCUAUAUAAAAAAAAAGAAAAAAAAGAAGAAGCAUAUAUCAUCCUUUAUUAUUUGGAGGCUCCUCCUCAAUAACACUGCAAAGAUAGAGAAAAUGAAAUCAUCAGGUCGAAAAGCUCUCCAGCCAAGAAACAUCUUCAACGUCCCAGCAGCAGAUGCGCAACUUCAGCUGAAAAAGGCCAAAGCUCCUCCUCCUCUUCAUGAUGAUGCCAAGGAUAAUCUUGUUCCAGUUCCACUUCCUGUUGUUGAAUCAAUGGACGCUUCACUUGCGGAGGAGCUGGACGCCUUCAAGAAGAAACUCGAGAGGUUGAGAGAGGAUCGGGAGAGGACUGAGAAAUUGCUGGAGGAGAGAGACGGUGCCUUGGAUCUGAAGAUGAGCCAACUCCUCCAAAGAGGAGAGCUCCAGAAAAGCUUUGAAAUCCAAGUCGAUCGUCUCUUUAGAUUGAAGGAGCUCCACUCUUAUUCCUCCAAAAUUUUGCCAGUCCGAUCUCUGAGAGCGAAAGAGCAGGAGAAGAGGAAAAGCUUCAGCUUCGAAACAGCAGAUGAACCGGAAGCAGACAGCAGAGAGAUCGCAAGUGACUUAUCAAAGGAAGCAAACUACUAGGCGGCACAGACCAACAACCCCCACUUUCCUUUGAUGAUUUUGUCUUUUGUCUUUAAGAAAAGCUUUGUUUCUGUAAUUAAUGUCUCCUUACUUACGCCUUUUUAUGCUGGGCCCCUUCUCAUUUCAUCCACAGGCCCAUUAUA